GGUUCUUCGUAUGGUGGAUGGAGAGGGCAUGCCAAUGGGUUUCAUUUAUGAGGCCAUGGAUAGGGCCAAAGAGGCCAUUUCACAUUACUAUCGUGGAAAUGCAAGAAAAUGUGAAAUCUUUUGGCACAUCAUUGAUCGUAGGUGGACAAACCAACUCCACCAACCGAUACAUGCCUUCGCCUACUUUUUGAACCCGAAAUUCUACUUCUCUGAUUCAUUUAGGGCUGAUGAGGAGGUCAUGGCAGGUGUUAUUACAUGCAUUGAUAAGAUGACACCUGAUCCUGAGUUGAGAGACAAGGUUCUUGAUGAGUUGGAGAUCUACAAAAGUGCAGAGGGGAGACUCUUCUCAUCACAACUAGCAAUUGAUAGGAGAGGAAAACAACAACCAGAUUUAUGGUGGGAGAAUUAUGGUGCCGGCACGCCUAAUCUUCAAAAGAUAGCUAUCCGUGUUUUGUCUCAGCCAUGCAGUGCUUCUGGGUGUGAACGAAAUUGGAGUGUCUUUGAAAGCAUUCACACAAAGGAGAAAUAGAUUGUCACAAAAGCGGCUCAAUGAUCUAGUAUUUGUUCGGUACAACCUUCGCCUUCGAGUUAGACAGGUGGAGGGUGUUUCACAUGAGGCCAUUGACUUGGAUGAAAUUGAUCCAUAUGGUGAUUGGACCAUGAAUGAACAAAAUGAUGGUGAUGAUGUCCUCCUUACCGAAGAAGAAAUUGCAGAAAUAGAGAGAGGAGCAGCACAAGAUGCAGAAGGAGCAAGAUUGGAUGAAGAUGAGGACGAAGAUGAGGAUGAUGAUGAGGACUAUGACUUUGAAGAAGAAUCAUCUCACCAUUUAGAUACCACAACACCCACUGCUACUACUUCUAGCUCAAGGCCUGAAAAAUUGAGCUAUAUUAGGAAAAAUACAAAGAGGAAGAUGUAGUCUUCUCUUUGGUUUGUUCAUUCACAUUGCUGUUUUUCACAUUUGCAGUUGGACUUGGACAUAUCAUUAUAUGUAAUUUUGUGAACAUUUAUAUACUUAUGCUGCCAUUAUAGUAUUAUACAUUUUAGAGUUGAAACUUGAAACUUGAAUAUGCUGCCAUGAAUGAUGAAAUUUCAAAUAUUGCGUGUUUGUACUUUGUAGAUCAUAUGACAUGUGUAAUGUUUCAAUUAUGGCACUUAUGUUCUCUAAAUGCAUUAAUUUCUUUAUGUUUUUUUGUAAAACUACGGUUUUUUUUUUUUGCCGAGUCUUUGCCGAGUCUUUCGCGAGUCUUUCACGAGUCCGAGUCCGAGUCCAAAAUUUUGGUUUGCCGAGUCCGAGGCGAGUCCGAG